AUGGGUGACCCAUUCUCUAUCGCGACCGGCGUCGCUGGUCUCAUUUCACUUGGAAUUACUGUUUGCGACGGUCUUCACACCUACUUCAGCGCUUUCAAAGACAGAAAGGAUGAUCUCGCAAUUGUCGCACAGAACGUGGCCUUGUUCAAAUUCCAUAUUUUCGCCGUUCAGUCGAGUGCAUCAAAGCUUGGCCAUCGUCAUUCUCCAGCCAUCGACGGCUUACAGCUAAGUUUAAUCAAUUGCGAAAUGCAGCUUCAAUGUCUCCAGAAGUUGCUCAACGAGUUAAUGCCGACUGAAGAUCCAUCAUUGUUCAAGGAGAUUUGGAGAAGACAGAAACUAAUUGCGCGAUAUCCCUUUGAUCGCAAGAAGCUGGUGCAGUUCGAAGAGUACCUUACACGGGCAAACACCACGCUCAGUAGCUUCAUCCAAGCCCUCAAUCUCGACCUAAAUAUCCGAAUGGGUGAUGAGUUGGAGGCUUUCAGAACGUCUCUCGAAGCACUUGACAUCAACACCCCAGCUACGUUGAGAACCAUCGCCACCAAACUCGACGUCAGCCCCAAAGUAGAACCCAUCACCCUUCAACUUCUUCCAUCCAGAAUAGAAGAUGUUACAGCCUCCAGCAGCAACAGUAUCGGCUUGCACCAGAAUGGCGUGAGUGUUGCCGAGACGAAGACCUCUUACUCUGGAAAUCGGCGAUCUUUCGAAGACAUCACCAACUCCCACUCCACGCCUCGUUAUCUGCAGAAUGCCGAACUCGAACAAAGACUCUGCAAGAAGCUAGCAGACAUGGACUGUACCUGUGGAGCUUUAAACAACAAGACUAGUAAUCGUCCUGCAAGUUGGACAUAUCGAUUUUGGGGCGGACUGACCGUCUCAAGACAAGGAGACACACGGGCGAAUCAUCGCCCUGGGUGCAUUUUCUUUCGGAAGUCGAAGAGGAAUAUCUCGAAAGCUUCAGCGACGUACUUCGGGCUUCUAUCCCUUUUCUCCCAUAGUUUCACUGUUUCUUUCACACAAGAUUACCCUGGUGGGCCAUACAGCGUCUUUUUUGGGUUGCGGCCGUGUAACAUUGUUGAGAGCAGUCCAGCUUUCGAACUCUUUGAAAUGCAAUCAUUAGCGAAGGAGAAUGGUCUGGAUUACCUAGCAGACAGUGUUAUUAAAGAGUUGAGAGUCAUCUAUGGAUCCGGAAAUGCAUCACCUUUCGAUGUUGACCAACACGGUAAUAAUGUUGCACACUUGUGUUUGGAAGCUUUUUUAUUCUGUGAUCCACCACGGUCAACGGACAUAGCAACCGAUGCCAUUUGCAAGAUACUAAGCUACCUAGCCGAUGUCGGUGUGCCUAUCACGGCAUCGACUUUCAAUCAAUCUAACUUAUUAACCCUAUCAAUGUGGCACUACAAUCUCUGGGUUCUCCCGAGGCUUUAUAAACUGGUUAUGGUCUACGAUUCAAACUUUUACAACACCGAGCUGGCUAAUCGAAGAUUCGCAAGCCUAAUUGCUUUUGGGAUGGAUAAUGGAGAGAAAGUUCAAAGGCGCUUAAAGACCCUAUUUGAAUAUCCCGAUAUAUGUGAAGAUAUUGGAUUCUCGGAGCUGUUUUUAGCUGUCAUCACGAAAGAUCAUCGAAGGCUUCAAGCUAUACUGGCAGAGGAGGAUAGCCUCUUGACUAUUCCGCAAACGGAUCUCUAUGGUCGCAACAUAUUACAUGCAAGUUGCAAUUGGCCUGAUGGCCUGAGACUUCUUUUACAACGGCAAGAUGUCCGUCUCUUGAUGGAAAUGGCCCCGUUCACAUUUCCCGGUCUCAGCCCUCUGUACUAUGCUCUCAUCCAUAGCAAGAUACACUGCAAAGCUCCAGACCAGUGGACUGAGUGUGACGACUGCACUUGCUACGUCGGUGUCCAACUCCUGCUCGAAGCCGAUUGCAAAGUCACCGCCGGUUACAUAUGGGGGAUAACCCUAGCUGAUUGCUCAUUGAAGGCCCGAAAAUUGUUCUUCAAGCAUCUCAAAGACAGACGUCAGCGACUCCGGAAUAUGGCACUCAGCAUCCUUCCUGAAAGGAUCCUGCGCCAAUAUGGAGUAUCCACAAGCCCCUUGCCUGACAAGACUGCUUUUCUACUGUGGAGCGAACUGCAGGAAGCUCAAGAUCAGCAGGAUCAUCGAAUAUGGGUUCCCGAUAGCCUCAACCCUUGUAACAACAACAGGCUAUGCAUACCCGAGAGCCUUUUCGGUGUUCCUCAUCACCCAUUUGUUGUAGAGAUGGCACUCGACUAUGGCUUCGCACCUAGAGAUGAAAAUGGCGUUCAACCACUUCUUUAUGGCCGCCACAUUAUACAGGACAGUUCUCCUGAGGAUCCAAGAAUUUGGGUUAAAUAUUUAGAUUGGCUUCUCGGCCAAAAUCUAUGCUCAGAGCUUUCAUUGGGACCCUUCCGGCUUUCAAUUCUUCAUCGCAUUGCAUAUUACAUUGGGUUGCAGAUGCGUCCCAGGGCCUCCGGUUCGUGGCGGCAGGAUGUCUGGUUAUCCGAACUACAGGAUUCAAGGACAUUGCUAACAUCCAUAUGCGACAGCAAAUCCGAGUGCAAUAUUCCAUGUCCUUGCUCAUCAGGCAUAUUUACCCGACCUUUGGCACAUAUCUUGCCCGCACUUUUGUUGCCUGGAGGCGGAUUAUACUGCAAGUAUUUCUUUUCGGACAUAGAAAAUCAUAUUGAACAUGUGAUUAGUAGCACCUCUCUGUUAAAGAUUUCAGAAUCCAGCUCUGAAAGUUUAUAUAUGGCGAAAUGCGGAAUUCAUAUUCUGACUAUGAUGUCCUUGGGGGUAAGGCACUUGCCAAUCUGCCUGACUGAAGGUUACGGUCAUCUCAAGGACUCGGACUUCAUGGAAGAAGAAUGGAAAGAAAUAUUAGACGAGGACCGAGAGUUGAUCGAUCAGCUUGAAGCACUUGAUGAAGAGUUUGGGGACGUUUUCGAUCGCCAAAACGUCCCUAUUGCAGAAUUUCUUUCAGGCUACUGGUUGACAAGAAUGGCAGAAGUCAUCCAGGAGUUGCAUAAGCCCCUGACUCAUCACGAUAGACAUGAACUUUUGGAAGCCGGGGUAGUGUUGGAAGAGGACAAUUCUGACGGCUCGGAAUGUUGA